UCCCAGAUCCAUCGACCCCCAUCAUCUCAGAUCCAUCGACCCCCAUCAUCCCAGAUCCAUCGACCCCCAUCAUCUCAGAUCCAUCGACCCCCAUCAUCUCAGAUCCAUCGACCCCCAUCAUCCCAGAGGGAAAUAUGCAACGGGUCCGUGUGGUGCCUGUACUGAAGAAAGAAAUGUCCCAUAUGCCAUGUUCUCAUAAGUAAAACCAAAUUGAAAAUGCACAUGGAAAGAGAAAGCACUCUGCCAAACAAAGGACAUAACCUCAGGCUCACAGCUACAGAUUGAAUGCAUAGAUUCUGGACAUGGAGUCUAUGCUGUCCACAAAGCCUUCCAUGGAACAAGUGCUCCUCUGCAUGUUCAGAAUAAAGUGUGGGGAGAAAAUCAGUAUGUCUCUUGUGAAAACAAUGAGUGCCAGGUGAACCUGGAGUUGGCUUGGAGGAGUGGAAUUAAAGCCUAUCAAUGUACACAUUUAAAAUCCAUAAGCUACUGUUCAUCCUAUGCCUCCCCUGCUGAGCUUGAGGAAGAAACUCUAACGGAGAUGGUGAACAACAAAUGGUUUGGUGAAGAGACAAAGAGCCUCUGCCUCGUUCGGCAAAACCUUGCCAAAUGUAACCACUUCCCUUUAUCUGUGUACUCGAAAGCUGGAACCCCGAAGACAACAGAAUAUAUAUCUGUAUAUGAGCCUACGGUUUCAUAUUACAGUCGAUUGGGAAGAGUCAUGGUGUCGUACGACACAAAGAAGAAUGUGUGGCACUGUCCUUGUGCAAAGACUAAGAUAUCAUGCCCACACAAAUACAUUGCAAAAUGGCACUUAUUUCAGACACACCGUGAACUGUUCAGGAAAGUCAGAAGCACAGAGGAGGUGGACGGCCUGAGUGCAGCAGAGGACCAACACAGUCAUGAUGAGGCUGAUCUGGGUGAUAUACCAUAUCCACCAAACAGUGUCCAAAAAUUGAAAGGCAUGGCCCAAUAUAUUCUGAGUCACAAAAAGUUACCUGCUGUUCUGCCAGAACACUUGCGCCUUCCAUCAGUGGAAGUGCAAUAUCCAAGGCACCUCAUUCCAGAGGAGAGGAUGUGCCAGCACUGCCCAGGCAACGUGCCCUUGAGUGACCCAGUCCUCAUCACACAUGAGGCCAAAAUCCUCACCAAGUCACGGGUUGUUAACGAUGUUUCUACCUACUGUAAAUCUUGCCAUCAAUGUGGAGCCCACUACCGGUACCAAGAGUGGAAAGACGGCAUUCACAAUUUUAAUGACCGGAUACUCCUAGAUCUCCCUUUAUGCCUAACCAUAAGGAACAUGCUUCAGGUCCAUACUUCAGUGAGCAGAGUGGUGGAGUAUUUGGAAUUGACUUCAGGAGAGCAGUUCCCCGCAGCUGAUACAGUUCUUCAGGGGUAUCUUCACUUCGAAGCCCUUACAGAACAUGAUUACCAGUAUUCUUGUGUGAGCUGUGGUGAUCAUCCCCCAGUGGUCAUCAUGGACCUCCAUAGGAAGGCGGCCUUCCAUUGGUCGGGUGAGAAUGCUUUCAUGCAACAGACUGGUUUCGAUCAGACGACUGCACAACUCCCUGAAUUCACUUUUCUUGUAAUGUUUUACGCCAUUUCUUUAGUAAGUGACCUGGAACAACCUCCGGUGGACUUCAAUGGAGAGGUUGAUAUGGAAUGCUUUUGGGACGCACUUUCAAUGGAAAGGAUCGGUCGAGGAUUUGUAACAAGUCAGCAAAAAAAUCCAUUUGCAGUACCACCCACUUUCCACUUUUGGGCACCGUGGAUAGGCAAAAAUACACGCCGCUCAAACCAUGUCCUCAACACAGAGUUUGCAAAAGUCCGUCCACAGAAACCAGCUGAGGUCCAGGAAGUAACCGUCACAGAAGAGCGACUGAGAGAGGAACUGUACAAGCAGAAGGUUGAAGUGGUGCGGACGUUAUGCAGGGAGUGUGGGUUGGAUUCCUCUGGAUCGCGCUCUGACCUCCUCCUGAGAUUGUCCGACGAAAUGAAGUCAAGACAAACCUACGACAAGGUUUUUCAAAAGAUUUGGGCGGCCUCAGGCGGUUGGGCUGUGAUUAUGUGCCCGUGCGGCAUCGUAUACAGUAUUAAGUGUAACUUUCGAGCGGAAAGCCCUCGUGACUUCACAGACAUCCUGCUCUCUUGGAAACACAUGCCAAAUAUUGUCAUAUAUGACUUUGCACGUGGACUAGCGACACACAUGAAUCUCAGAGAACCAGAAAAGUUGCCCUUCACACCAUUUGAUGGACGGUUAAUGGCGCCAACUCCAGAUAACAUCACACGAGCCAAAGAGGGAAAACUGAAGGUGUCACUGCCUUGGCUGGACUGCAAGAAGCUGGCCCCAGACCCUGAAUGCCACCCUAUAACCGGCUCAGCUGAGCAUUAUGCUCUGUAUGACCGAUUCCAUGAGGACAACACAAAGGACGCCCGCGAUGCCCUGCGGAGGCUUAGCCUGGUCCCGCAACUUGCUGGGAAACUAAAUAAUCAAGUAGCAGAACAGCUGUAUGCAAGAAUGAAAAAAAACAAUUACUUCCUAAACAUGGCUUUACCGACAACCCAUCUGUUCCUGAUGAGGAAUAUCAUCCACCAUCACAAUGUUCACAAGAACAAGACUGGUCAACAUUCAAACUGACGUAUCAUUCAACAUCCACAGCCAGGCAGUGUUGGGUAACUUUUUUAAAUGCAGCUUUCCUAUGCAAUUGUUUUAUAAAUACAGCAUUUUAUUAGCAACGUUAGGGGGGGGAGGGGAGGUCCUGCCCCCGACAGAAGUCAUCGACGUGCCCCCAACAGAAGUCAUCGACGUGCCCCCAACAGAAGUCAUCGACGUGCCCCCCGACAGCAGCCGUCGUCACGCCCCCGACAGAGGUCAUCGACGUGCCCCCCGACAGAAGUCAUCGACGUGCCCCCGACAGCAGCCGUCGUCGCGCCCCCGACAGAUCGACGUGCCCCCGACAGAUCGACGAGCCCCCGACAGAUCGACGCGCCCCCGACAGAUCGACGAGCCCCUGACAGAUCGACGAGCCCCCGACAGAAACCCUCAGCUAUUCAGCGACAAUAAAGCCCUGGGAAAAAGACUGGAAUCAUAUCCAGGACCAACUGUUAAGCUAAUUAGUGUAAAUAUGGAUUCUUUGCCAUCGCGCACUGUUUUCUGACUAGUAGCUGUUAUAUCAGCUCCAUUACGUGGAAGAAGGGCACACAUGUAUUACGCGGGAAUAAUUCUGGAGCCUGGGGUUGGGAAGAAACGUGGAUGUGAGUACCGGUAGUGAGAAGUUGUUUUUUUUAAUCUAAAAAUAAAGAAUAAAAUAAAAAGAA